AUGUUAGAUGAACUAUAUAAAGCAGAACGUGGAGAGAUGGAAAAGAAACUUCAAGCAAAAGAUGAAGUCAUUGAAUCCAAAGACAAAAGCAUACAGAAAAGAAUACCACGUUCAGUACCAAAAGGAAAGGAAAAGAACUAUAAGUAUAUGAUUUACGCUGAAGAGUUGGAGAAAGAAGAAGAUAGAGAUAUGGUUAUGUUGCAUUUAGUGAGAAGAAACAACAAGAGCUUUUAUGACUUAGCUAAGAUAUAUAAAUCUGACAGAAACUGGUUCUAUCGUGAAAACUUACCGAUUUCAAUGACACCGAAUGAGCAAAUAAAGGAAAUUGUCAAAAAUACUCUUCCUCAAACACACUAUGACAUCAAAGGUUGCACAAUACUUACAUUCAAAGAAGACUUAACAUUACUGAAAGAAAAGAUAACAGAAUAUUUCGACAACUUCAAAGAGGAAGAAUGA